AUGCGUGGGCAGGGGAUUGAGGAGAUUGUGGCGGAGGUGAGUAGGUUUACGGAGGAGUUUAAGGAGUUGGAUGGGUUGGGGGAUUAUAAGCCGUUCACCGACUCCGAGUGGGCCGAGUGCUACAAGCACCUCUCAAAGCUCACUCACCCCCACGGCCUCCCCAACUCCAUCGCAUCACUCGCCGACCUCCCCCUCUCCACCUUCAUCGGCGGCGCCACCCCCCAAAGCCGCCGUCCUAGUGCUCACCGAUGCACCCGCACGCACGCUCUCCAUAUUCCCGGACGCCGGCUUCUACACCGCCGCGCAGCUGGACAUGCACGACCGCUACACCAACACCAUGAGCGCCGACUGGAUGGUGACGGACCAGCUAGACAAGCUUUCCAAGCACGCCAAGGACAAGUUCUUCAUCCUGCCGUGGAUAUUGACGCAGGAGGGGGCAAAGGACCUGGUGAUGAGUAG